UGUUGUUGGCUUGUUUUAACGAGUGUAAUCUUCAGCCAAGCGUGCGUGUUUUAGACCGAAGUCCCGUUUUGUGCCUUUACUGUUGAACAUCAUCAAUCUGUAAAACCACAACAAAGCGAAAUAAACACAAACAUUUGUCCCUGUUUGCUACUGCCUAAGCUAAUAGCGGACACGAGGCUGUGACGUGCUAUCAGCUCACUCUUUUUGCUAAUACAAACACUAAUUACACAAACCACCCCUUUGACCGCGUGCACGUUCGCUGCGCCGUUGCCGAGUAACGAUCGAAGGCGCUCUCAUUCAGCGGCAGUGCGACUUCCUCGACGUGGUCACGUGACGCUUCACUCAAAACCACCAGGCGGCGUAGUUUGACCACAGAAACAAUAGCACCGAUACCACCGAACAAUGGAGGCAUGAAAACUUCAAAACCCUGAUGAAUGUGAAGCAGAUCCGCAGAUCUAGUAAAAACGAGCAUUUGUGCUCAGUCACGUCGUUCAUCUUGAGAAACUCAUCGUGUAACAACGAUCACCCCGUUAUUACUGAUAACAAGCAUGACUGAGACUAAUCAGCUGAUGGAGUCAUACUCUGAUAAUAAACGAUGAUUCUGAUACAAACGCCUUUGUGUCAAAUGACUCUGGGGUCACGAGUGGAUUCAUUUCAAUGUUUCCUCUUUGCUGAUUCAGCAGGUGUUUCCUUCAGUCAUGUGUAAACAGGACUAUUUACUUGAGCUAUUUCAUGUUUUUCCUUUAAUGGGUUCUAAAGGUGAAUCCAUAGACUGUGUUUGCUGAAUGUGUACUUGCUGUUUUUCCUCCAGCUCAGGCUGUGGUGACGGCUUCACCUCGUCUCAUCAGACAUGGGAACGUAUCCCUGAAGAGCCUCAACGUGACGCCGGCAGACGCAGCCAGAUACACAUGCUUCAUCCCCAAGUUAAAGAGCCGUAACGGAGGCGAAGUGACAGACAUGAAGCUCAGGUCGUACGUUCUGGAUCCCAGAAACCUCAGAACCCAAGAACCACAGGACAAAACAAAUGCUGCAGUCUGAGCGUCUGGCGUCAUUCUGUGUCUUUGUGCUGUUUGAUGGAGUGUGUUUGUGGCGUUAUUAGAAACAAAACAGCUUAAAGACGUAAGUAGGAAACCAACAGAACACAUCCCAUCACAUGAUGCAGCCUGUUGGUACAUUGGCUGUUUGAUUCAAACAGGCACUGGCUGCACAGCAGGAGUCAGGUCUUCAUGGCUGACGCCAACAAGCAGCAAACCGUCCUGUUGGUGACGUGAUGUGAGUCGGAUGUAAACGUCUCAGCGUGAGAAAUGAGACGAUGCAACCAGGCGACAUGUUUGUGGGUCAAAGAGCUUCAGUCGACAGGCUGCUGCUCAGAACAGGAGAAGAACCACCACUUAUUCAGCAUCUGAGGAGGCUUUAAAUGAGACGCUGAGGCGUUCUCACCUUGUUUUUCUCCCUGAGUCUGAUUCAGUGACACUGCAUGAAGUCACUUUCAUCAGGGCAUCGGCCUGAAGCAGAGGAGCCUGGCUCAAAGGAACACAAUGAAGAUGCUCGACUCAUGGAUUAAACUGUGGACUCACACAAACCACCAGGAACCUAAUAAGAGACACUGAUGUAAACGAGGAGCUUCCAGCUGUUGUUGAUGCCCGUGAUCCUCACUACAUUAAACUGUCUUAUUAUCGUCUCCAUGUGUCACAGUCAGUCUUUUUAUGUGAUGUAAUAUAGCUGCAAUGCAAACGACUGAAGUGAAUCCAUCACCGGUUCUUUUCUAUCACAGACCAGAUGAUGGAAUGAAUUCUAAAUAAUACUUGUUAAAAUAGGUUUAAACAGAGUUUCAUAAGAAGACAGUGGUAACUAAACAGCUGAUCAGCAGCUGAGCGUCAUCAGGUCCGUGUCAGAACCGCCUUCUGUCCAUUAGUGAUGCUCUGUCCUGAUGCUUCAUGACUCAUCAUGAGUCAGAACACAGUCACUACACACAGAUCUCAGGAAACAGUCAAACAAAGUGAACUUCAAGAUUAGAGAGCGAUAAAUGAAUAAUUUAAUAAAACCUUUGGUUCGUUUCAGGGAGAAACUGGCACAUGAAUAAAUAAAACGUCCCUUUGUGACGUCAUAAACUGGAGCCUGAAAGCUGCAUCCAGUCACUGGUCGGGUUCGUAACACGUUGUGCUUUGUGUGGAUGAACAGAGACGAUGUGUUGACCUGAACACACUUAGUUUAAGGGACAUAAGUACAGUUUACUGUACAGACCUGCUGCUGAGACCAGACACACACUAAAGGGGUGUGUUCACUGACUCACAGUGAUCAUCAUCACGCUUUAAACGGACUCUGAGCGGCUGCACCGCCUCAUUUCACCAUGCGCUUGUGUUCCAUCACGGCUCUGCUUCUCUGCGUCCUGACGCCUCGAGCUCAGGCUGUGGUGAUGGCUUCUCCUCGCCUCAUCUCCUCGGCCCCGGGUGAUGACGUGGUGCUGCGCUGUCACCUGGAGCCUCCGGUCGACAUACAGGCUCUGACGGUGGAGUGGUCCAAACCCGACCUCCAGCCCGACCCGUGGGAUCCGCUGAGGCGGGUCCAGUACGUGCACGUGCACCGUAACGGAGGCGAAGUGACAGACAUGAAGCUCAGGUCGUACGCUGGGAGGACGGAGCUGCUCACGGAGCAGCUGAGACAUGGGGACGUAUCCCUGAAGAUCCUCAACGUGACGCUGGCAGACGCAGCCAGAUACAGAUGCUUCAUCCCCAAGUUAAAGAGCGCAGUGAGGGAGGCCACGGUGCAGCUGGUGGUCGAUGCAAACUUGCUAAAAACAUCAACACUCACUCCCAGAGAGCACGAGGAACAGAACAUGACGGACGAUAGUGCAGGUGGUCGACUCAGCACCAACGUCCUGAUCCCAGUUACAGUUAUUUCCCUGUCUGUCCUCCUGCUCAUUAUUCUGAUCGCUGGAGCAGAUAUUUACAGACGGCAGCAUAAAAAGCAAAGUUCGACAGAUUUACACCAACCAGGACGCGAGGACCAGCAGAGGUCAGGCCUCCUGGGCAGAACUGGACCAGCAGAACAGAGCAGUCCAGAGCGGGAUCUCACCUGAAGCUGAAGAAGGAAAACCUAAAAACCAAAGACAACAAAAACAUGUGUUUGUUCAUGUCGAGGACCUGAGUCAGAUUUUAAGUUACUUAUUCAUUUUCGUGGAUUCGUUCUAUGUCUGUGGUCUUGUUUAUUGUGGGACUCUCGCCCUUUAAUAUUCAGUUAAACAUUCAGUUAUUUUCAUUUCAACUAGUUCUGUAGUUGGUGCCUCGACCAUCGCAUCUACAAACAAGUAUAGACUGAAGGUCACAGAAGGUGGAGUCAGGUUUUCUCUAUAUUCAUCUCAGCAGCUGAUGAACUGAAAGUAACUCAGGAGAGAAACAUAGUGAUGGAGCCAGAGUCUGGUGAAAAAAACUCAUACAAGACAGAUUUUCACGCAUGUGAGCCGUUCUGGUGGUUCUGUAAAGUUCCAAAGCAGAUCUGCUCUCUUUGUGUAUGUUCAGUGAAGAGAACAUUAAUAGAGUUGCUGAAUAAAGUGUACUUGUACUUAAA